CCGACCUGGGCAGCAUGGAGGAAGCCUUUCGCUGAACAAUUUGUGACCUUCUAAAAUUAUUCAUUUCAAGUAGUUUCGGGUUGGAUAAGAGAUUUCCAGAAUGUCGGUGAAGCACGCAUCAGUCCAUGCGAAAUGGAUCAUCGGCAGAGUAAUAGGGACCAAGAUGAUGAAAACUGCCAAAGUGCGAGUCACGAGGCUGGUGCUGGACCCGUACCUGCUCAAGUACUUCAACAAGAGGAAAACCUACUUUGCCCAUGAUGCCUUGCAACAGUGCACUGUGGGAGAUAUCGUCCUUCUCAAGGCUCUGCCUGAGGCCAGGUCCAAACAUGUGAAGCAUGAACUGUCUGAGAUAGUGUAUAAAGUCGGUCGAGUGGUCGACCCACUAACAGGAAAGCGAGUUGCAGGAACUGAGUUUGUGGAGCCUCUGACUGACCUUCCACUGAGCCUGGAAGAGGAUACGACGUUGUCAGAAAAACUGCAGGAGCUCAACAUCUCUGCUGCCUCGAGUGGUUCUGAUUCUCCACCAGCACAAACUCCCAUUUCAUGAUAGAAAUCGGCACUCUUUUAUGAAGUAAUGUGAACUUAAAUGUCACUCUGUAAUUGCGUUUCUGUUUAAGUUGUUUUGUGAAUACAAAUGUUUAAAGCGGUAAUCAAUGUGCAUAGCCUAAGUACAUUUUUUUGACUACCUGCUCAGGUAGUUUUGAAUUCAAGACACAUUUUUGAGGAAUUUGCAAUAAAAUGACAAUGAGAGCGCAUGGUUCCCACAUCUGUUUAACCUGGCAUUGCUAUUAUGUUGUAUGUUUUCAGCAAGUCUGCUCUAAUUUACUAACGAUCUGUAAACACAGGAAGUUGUUUGUCAUAUAUUGGAUCAGUCAGAUAGUUUGUUCACUAAAACGUGCGUAUCUGUACAAUAGUGCCUAAACAGUGUACUGAAUGGAAAUAUAUACAUUA